GACAUAAAACUAUCAACUAUAGCACCCAAAGUCCUCCUCUGGACUCUACAGUGAUACACAGAGAUGUGCCCACCUAUCACACACAGGCACAUGGGUAUGUCUAUCUACCCACACACAGGUACAUGGGUGCCCACCUACCACACACAGGUACAUGGGUGUGUCUAUCUACCCACACACAGGUACAUGGGUGCCCACCUACCACACACAGGUACAUGGUGUAUCUAUCUACCCACACACAGGUACAUGGGUGCCCACCUACCACACACAGGUACAUGGUGUAUCUAUCUACCCACACACAGGUACAUGGGUGCCCACCUACCACACACAGGUACAUGGGUGUGUCUAUCUACCCACACACAGGUACAUGGGUGCCCACCUACCACACACAGGUACAUGGUGUAUCUAUCUACCCACACACAGGUACAUGGGUGCCCACCUACCACACACAGGUACAUGGUAUAUCUAUCUACCCACACACAGGUACAUGGGUGCCCACCUACCACACACAGGUACAUGGUGUAUCUAUCUACCCACACACAGGUACAUGGGUGCCCACCUACCACACACAGGUACAUGGUGUAUCUAUCUACCCACACACAGGUACAUGGGUGCCCACCUACCACACACAGGUACAUGGUGUAUCUAUCUACCCACACACAGGUACAUGGGUGUGUCUAUCUACCCACACACAGGUACAUGAGUGCCCACCUACCACACACAGGCACAUGGGUGUGUCUAUCUACCCACACACAGGUACAUGGUGUAUCUAUCUACCCACACACAGGUACAUGGGUGCCCACCUACCACACACAGGUACAUGGUGUAUCUAUCUACCCACACACAACCACAUGGGUACACACCUACCCAUACAUAGGCACAAGGGUGUGCACACUACCCACACACAGGCACACGGGUGUGCACACUACCCACACACAGGCACAAGGGUGUGCACACUACCCACACACAGGCACACGGGUGUGCACACUACCCACACACAGGCACACGGGUGUGCACACUACCCACACAGAGGCACAUGGGUGUGCACACCUACCCACACACAGGCACACAGGUGUGUCUAUCUACCCCGACACAUGCACAUAGGUAUGCUCACCUAUAGACACACAGGCACAAAAUCUGACUGCUUGGGUGUUUUUUAAUCUUAAGUUAAUCCAUUUUUUUCUAGAAUAUUUGUGCUUCUUUUAUGUAAUUCCUCAAAACAGU